AUGUCCUCUGGCCAACCUACUCCCACCAAGCUACCUCAAUCCUACCCAUCUCUCCCAUACCGGGAGAUCCGAAUAUCCCAUUAUCCCGCCUCCUCGCCUGAACCAACUCCAAUCCUAAUAUGCACACUCUACAGACCCAACCACAACAAUCAAUUCACAGACAUCAUGACCGAUGAGCUCGAAAACUUCUUUCGACUGGCCAGCAUUGACGACCGUGUCAAAUGCAUCGUCCUCACAGGUCAUGGUAGGAUGUUUUGUGCCGGACAGGAUCUACACCAAGGAUUCAAGCUUCGAGGCAAUGGGAAAUGGGAGACUGAGAAGACGCAUCGAGAUGGUGGAGGUCGAGUUUCCCUCGCAAUCCACCAAUGUACAAAACCCACCAUCGCGGCAAUUCAGGGCCAUGCGAUAGGUAUCGGUAUCACAAUGACACUGGCCUGCGUCAUGCGAAUCGUGUGGUCGAAGGCCAAGAUUGGUUUCGUGUUCUCCCAACGAGGUGUGGUUAUCGAAGGUUGUUCGAGUUUCUUCCUGCCGAGAUUGAUUGGAGCUGCGAGAGCACUUGAGCUUUGCGUAACUGGCUCCACGAUUCCUGCGAGUAGUAGGAAGCUUGAAGGCUUGUUUUCGGACUUGAUUGAGAGGCAGGAAGAUGUUCUUCCAAAAGCCCUCGAGGCUGCGGAAGGGAUUGCGAGAGAGACGAGUACGGUCAGUACGUUCAUGAUUAGGGAAAUGAUUUUGCGUGGAAUGCAGAGUGCCGAGGAGGCGCAUUUGCUGGAAAGUCGAAUCAUGGCGCACAUGAGGGGUGAGGCCGACAAUGAUGAGGCUGUUGCAGCGUUUCUGGAGAAGCGAAAGCCGACUUUCACAGCUACGAUCGAAAAGGAUUCGCCGCCUGUACAUCCAUGGUUCACACGCGUCAAUACCAAGAACCUGGCAGUUGCAGAUUCGAGCACGAAUGGGAAGCCAAGAUUAUGA